AUGCGUUACGCAGCUCUCGCAUUACCUGCCAUUGUGGCCAACUUGGCCGCCGCCCUGCCUCGGCCCCAGGAUAUUGACCUUGACUUGGUCAUCGCUGCUCCCGACCCGACAUACACGGAGAUCCCAGGCGCCAGCGUUCAGAUCGUGACCUACGAUACUUCAUCCAUCCUGGCUGAGGCUACUGCCGCAGCUUCUUCGCUAUCUAUUGCGGUCACAAACGUUGCCACGGCUACUUCGGUUGCCAAUGUCAAGAGAAACGCCUGUGAAUCUCAAGUUGCGGGCGUCUACUCUUACCAGACUGACUCUGCUUCUGCGUUUAGAGCAGACCCACGCUGGGCAUCCAUGGCGAGUAACGUCCCUGUCCCUACCGGCUUCGUGCAGACACAGACGAAUGCAAAUGCUGCCAACAGCGCGUAUGGCUACCUGGGGUAUCACAAUUUGGAUAGCUACGACGCGAAAGCAUGCGCCAACUUCUGUACGAAUACCCUUGGUUGCAUGGCCUUCAACGUCUACGUCCAAAGGGAUGCCAGUCUGGAGCCUGCCGUCGCAUGUCCCAGUCCCUCGAGCGUCAUCUACGCAAAGUGUGCACUUUGGGGAUCUCCUUUGUCCUCUGAUAGCGCCACCAACUCUGGCACGAUGCGUGCACAGUUCGAAGUUGUGAUUGCUGGGUCAAACGCUUACCAGAACAAUUCGCUGGUCAUACCCGCUGGCUUCAGCUUGAACGAUGCACUAGGAGAUGCCGCUCUCACCGCUCCCUACGAUGGCCAAGGAUACAAUACCUUCAUGGGCUCUACGAUCUUCACAAAAGGCACCUUUAAUAUCCAGGCUUGCGCGGAUUAUUGCUCUGCUCAGACCGCUUACAAUGUGAAGCACCCUGCAAGCGAUGGCAGUCCGCCUAAGAUUUGUGCCUCCUUUAACACGUAUAUGUUGUACCUCAACAACGCAAGCACUCCUCAGGGCCAGUACUGUACCCUGUAUACUGAAGUCUGGGACGCAUCUUAUGCGACCAACAAGGGCCAAUACCGAGGCUCCGAUCAUUACUUUAUGUCGUACUCUUUUACCUUCAAGAACUCGACGAGUGUUGCUCCUGCACCAGCCAAAGGCGAUGUCACGGGCGCCAUCUUCCAGGCUCGUCAAGAUAUGACGUAUUACCCUUCACAAUUGACCUCGACUUAUGGGCCCUAUUGCUCGAGCCUACUCGGAUACUCCGCUGCAGUCGUGACUGUUACCCCGACGACUACAAUCACCCCAGUCGCUACUGUAAUUGCUACAGUCACUCAAAUAGCUGGGGCUAAAAAGCUCAGACGUGAUGGCGUUGAACAAGCCCCUACUUCCAUCCUGUUGCCCUGGUUCGUUGCCUUAGCGUCUGCUGCCAAUCUCGAAAAGCGUGCCACAACGACUCCGGCUGUGCUGAAGAAGUAUGCUGUCGCUGUACAGUCAGGUGCUUGCAGUUUGAUUGCCACAAAGCCGGCGGAUGUUUCGACCGUCAUCGCGGCUACCGUUACUGUCAUGGCCCCGCAGCAGACGACCACUUCCACAUCUACAACCAUCGUCGCCGCCGCCGCUACCGCUGCCGCAUCAGCCGGUCUCAUUCAAGUGCAGAGUCCAGGCAGCCCUUACAACGGGCUAUACGCACGUUUUGUCAUCCCCACGAUCAGCGUUGGCACACCUAUAGAAUUGACAAGCGACAUCACUCAAGCCGCCAACUUCUCAAUCAGCUCAGACCAACAUCUCCUAUACGCAGACCGUGAACUGGGGUCUAAUCCCGUCGAAUACCAGGGAUUGGGACUAGUUUAUAGUAUUCCAGCCCUCGCACCUGUUGGGUAUUAUCCCGCCAACUACCCGAUCCCCGCUGUUAGUGUCACUGCCAAUGGCCAGCUUUCGAUCCGUGGGACGGGCGUGGGCGAUCUUCGCACUGUUCUGCAGAUUUGUCCUGAUAUACAGGCGACGGCUCAUAUUGGCAUCUAUGGCAGCGGACCCUUUUUCGCUUUUGAUACGAAGCUUUAUCCCGAGUGUGAGGUUGCUCAUGUCGCUUUUGUUUAA